UUUGUAAGCUGUCACUGAAACAAGAAACAGAAAACUUUCUCCAGCGAAGAAUAUAAUUCCUUUCCUCUUCUCCAACGCGAUCCCGCCCAAAGAAUCAUUCUCCAUUCUCGAUGAAGAGACGACAUCGGAGUAACAACAACAACAAGUAAACGAGGAAGAUUACAAGAUGCUUUGCGUUUCGCUGCGGAGUCGAAUACAUAAUUGGCUUCGCGACUAUGUUAGGCUCCAAUCCCUCGUCGUGAUCCUUAUUUACGCUCAGAUAGGAUGCGCGAUGAUUGGUUCACUAGGGGCAUUGUACAACGGAGUCUUGCUGAUCAAUUUGGCGAUUGCCUUAUUCGCGCUUGUGGCGAUCGAGAGCAAUAGCCAGAGUCUUGGCCGCACCUACGCUGCGCUUCUCUUCUGCGCCAUUCUUCUUGAUAUCUCAUGGCUCAUUCUCUUCUCCAGUGAGAUUUGGAACAUUUCAUCUGAGAUGUAUAAAGCCUUUUACAUCUUCUCUGUGAAACUCACCAUGGCUAUGGAAAUCGCUGGGUUCAUUGUGAGGCUAUCUUCUUCUCUGUUGUGGUUUCAGAUUUAUAGGCUGGGAGCUUCCAUUGUAGACACCUCUCUUCCCCGUCGAUCAGAUUCAGAUUCGCAGAACAGCUUUGUGGAUCCUCCCACUUUAGGUAGCCAGCAGCGUUCACGUGAUCCUGAUUUACGAACUAGCUUAUUAGAGCCUUCUGCUACAUCUCAGCACCGUUCUGAUGAAAUCUUGGAUGACUCUAUCGAGGGACUAGCCUACCAGUUUCCUCCAUGUGAUGGUGGCGGCCAAAACAAUAUCUCUUCACCCAAGGCAAUACAUGUGAUUAAACAUCAUUCAGCUGAAAACAUUUUCGGAGGAUCGCAACUAUCAGCUGCAGAAGCCUCUCGACAUAAGUCUCCACUAUCCAGAUCCUUGGAGUCCCUUGAUUUUAGUCUCCAUCGAUUCAAACAUUAAAUGAUCGUGACCGGCUUGCACCAGAAACACAACACAACUCUUGACUCAGAGCAAAUUCAUUCAACAAUCUAAGGGGGCCAUUAUAAUUGUUUUCAAUUUGAAGAAUCCAGAUAGGAAAUUUAGAUGUUGGGUGACAAAGUAAGAACCGUCUUUUACUUGUCUUUUUUCAUCAUUCAUUUUUACUGUAUAGAUCUGGGUUUGACAUAAUGAACUCGGAAUGUACAUGAGCCAUUCUUUUCUGUACAUAUGGAGAAGUACAUUCUUUUGAGGGUGCAUUGGAGGAUUAGUAAUAAAUUUCUUCUCCUUUUCAUCCA